AGAACAUCCCCCGCCGACAUUCUCAGAAAUUCCUGAUCAUUCGUUGAUACAAAUGACGUCAUUCAAUCCUCCUAAAACAAGUUCCUGCCUUGAAGUGCCCUGCUGGAUUGAGGUCACCAACUUGGUGGUAUCUGUUUUCUGUGCAUGCUAUAAAAGAUAGAUCGAAUUGCCUUGCGUGCAUUGGAAAGUUGCCAUUUGUACGUUUAGCAAUCAUGAAGGCUCUUCUCCUACUUUUCAGUUUGGUUUCCAUUGUUCCUGCGCUUUCAUAUUCUUCAAGGUCGGUUAGGUCUGACUGCGACGAGAAUUGCCUAAAAUGUGCAGAUCCCAAGUCACAUUUCCCGAAAUGUCGAAGAUGCAAAGAAGGCUAUACACUGGUUAAAACUUACAUUCGACGUAGAUGCGAAAGCCAGUGCCCACCCGGAUCAGGACAAGUACCGGUAUGGGAUCCAGUCAUCAGAGCUUACAUUUGCGAUAGAAAAACAGAUUGUGACUGGCACGAUUCCAACUGCGUAGAAUGUCUAGGCAGUGGGUCAUGCCUAAAGUGCAAGAAGAACUAUGCCCUUAAACAAAAAUCGUUCAAAUAUACUGGAGCUAUCAUCGGUCUAAACAAAUGCGUUGACGACUGCGAAACAUGCGUGGAGCCCCGAAGUAAAACUAUUGUUUGCAAGACGACGGCAGCUUCGUGUUUAAACAGUCAGGCACCAUCAACCCCUCACAGGAAAAGCCCACACAACUUGCCUUCCCCGAAAGUGCCAGCUGGAGCAGUAGGAACCAACCCGUCAACUAAUAUAGACUCAACUCCUGAACCUACCAGGGACGGGGCAAUGACGGGCAGCAGUGAAGACACUGAGCCAACUGUGGAUGAAAUAGAAAAUAAUAAUUAAAACUGUCAGGUUGAGUUACAUCCUGAUUAUCUGCUUUCAACAUCAUUUGGGUAACUACCCGUCAAGAACAGUAUAAGGUUUUGAGGCAAUUCUGAAGAUCUAGUGGCUUUAGUAGGAGGCCUAUUUUAUCCCGCUUUGAUUUUCUUUGGAACAACCUCAAUUCAAAACUGAACUAAAAACGUUUAAAAGAUCAUUGAUACAUCUUCAAAAAGCUCUUGAUGAAUAAAGAUUAUUACUGAUUUGA